AUGAAGAAUGGUAACAUCAUGAUGAUUAAACUUGAUGAAACCUCUCAGCUGAGUCGUUUGUUUCUUAUUUCUCAUUCAGGAUCUGUGGUUGCCUAUUUUACGUCUGCAAAGUUUCUUCUUUAUCUUGGACAUGCACUGUCCACUUGGGGAGACCGUAUGUGGCAUUUUGCUGUGUCUGUAUUCCUGGUUGAACUGUAUGGAAACAGCUUACUCCUGACUGCAGUCUAUGGACUGGUUGUGGCGGGAUCAGUUCUUCUCCUGGGAGCCAUUAUUGGAGACUGGGUGGACAAGAACUCCAGGCUCAAAGUGGCCCAGACAUCCUUGGUUGUACAGAAUGCAUCUGUCAUCCUGUGUGGUAUUAUCCUGAUGAUUGUCUUCUUGUUUAAGACACAGCUUUUGACGUUAUACCAUGGAUGGCUUCUUACAAUGUGCUAUAUCCUGGUUAUCACAAUAGCAAAUAUUGCCAACUUGGCCAGCACUGCCACAGCGAUCACAAUUCAGAGGGACUGGAUUGUUGUGGUUGCAGGGGAAGACAGAAGCAAACUGGCAGAUAUGAAUGCCACAAUAAGAAGAAUUGAUCAGUUGACCAAUAUCUUGGCUCCAAUGGCAGUUGGUCAGAUAAUGACAUUUGGCUCCCCGAUGAUUGGCUGCGGAUUCAUUUCUGGCUGGAACCUGAUGUCGAUGUGUGUGGAAUAUCUGCUGCUCUGGAAGGUUUAUCAGAAAACUCCUACUCUAGCUGUCAAAUCUGCAAAAGUUGAAGAAUCGGAACUGAAACAGCUGAACAUAAAGAAAGAGAGUGACAUGAAACCUGCUGAAGGAGUGCAGUUAAUUGUUGAAAAAGAUGUAACUGGCUUUGAGCCCCAACAGGAGAAGGAAGUCAGCUGCACUGCCCGGAUUGCUGAACCUUUCAUCACGUUUCGUGAUGGAUGGGUUGCGUACUACAACCAGCCAGUGUUUCUUGCAGGCAUGGGUCUUGCAUUUCUGUAUAUGACUGUUCUGGGCUUUGAUUGUAUUACUACAGGCUAUGCAUACACUCAGGGUUUGAGUGGCUCUGUGCUAAGCCUCCUGAUGGGUGCCUCAGCAGUCACUGGAAUCAUGGGAACAGUAGCUUUCACUUGGCUUCGUCACAAAUGUGGCCUGGUUCGCACGGGCCUCAUUUCUGGAGUUGCUCAAUUUGCUUGCCUGGUCUUGUGUGCUAUCUCUGUAUUCAUGCCUGGAAGUCCUCUGGAUUUGACUGUUUCCCCAUUUGCUGACAUCAGUGCCAGGCUGUUUGAAAGUGAACCAUUACCUACUAUAGCAUCUCCAGAAGAUAAGCCUGAAAUGGUUUUUGCAACUGGAAUGCCCAACGUGUUAAACGGGUCUACUACUCCUGCUAACAGCGACCCAGAGAUGAGUCCUGAGCCUGUGCCUUUAAUCUCUGUUAGUCUCCUGUUUGCAGGAGUCAUUGCUGCUAGAGUUGGCCUUUGGUCCUUUGAUUUGACUGUCACACAGUUGCUCCAAGAAAACGUCGUAGAAUCGGAAAGAGGCAUCAUAAAUGGUGUCCAAAACUCCAUGAAUUAUCUUCUUGAUUUGCUGCACUUCAUCAUGGUCAUCUUGGCCCCAAACCCUGAAGCUUUUGGCUUAUUGGUGCUUAUUUCUGUGUCUUUUGUUGCAAUGGGCCACAUAAUGUACUUCAGAUUUGCCCAAAAAAGCUUGGGAAAACAACUUUUUGUUUGUUGCACUCCUGAUCCCAAAGCAGUCUCUGACAGUUUACCACCUGGUAAUACAUCUACUGUCUGAAAGGAUCCACUUCUCUUACUAACUUGCUACACAAAUGUCAUGGUUAAACACAUAUACUGCCUUUUGUGACACUGUGUAAGGUGUUUCUCUAGAGUUGAACGCAUAACUUAGCUGUUUGAGGAAGCUGUCCCAAGAGAGCUAAAAUUCAUCUUACAGUGACCCUGUAAAAAUGUUUCAUGUUUGGCAGAGGACCACCUAGUUGGAUCUUGACAACUGGUGUUUAAAAGGAUCCCCACAAGUCAUACAUCUAGUAUUUGAUCACAAAAAUAAUGUUGAAUUUCUGUCACUGACUCCCACAGUGAUACUGUUCAGUGGUUAUACAUACUCAACUUGUUCAUGAAUUCUGAACAAUUCUUGUGCUCAUUGAGCAAAAUGAGGGUUUUUUAGUUGCUUCAGGAUGACUUGAUAUACAGUAUUUAGUUUUGUGGGUUUUUUCUGUUUUUUUCCCUUACUAUGAACAGUUCUGCUCCCCUAUCUUCUCAAAUCUGUAUAAAUAUCCUUCUUGGAUUCCUGAAGUGGACUCUUAAGUUCCGAUGUUUUUCCAAAAUACCUUUUUAGUAUUCUAUCUGUUUUGGUUUAACUUUACAGAAACACCUUUGUAGUUUUUUUGCAUGUUUCCUUACAAAUUAGACAAGUGCUAGGUACAAGAUAUUGUAUUACACUUUUGUUGCACUUCAUAAAGUAAAACAUAGUCUCAUUUUAGCAGAAGCUAUUGAUGUAACAUUAUAAAGCAUGGCUUUUUUAAUUGCAAAUGACAGGUCUGCUCAGGUUUGAUGUAGCAGAAAGUGCUAAGGUCAGUAGUACUGGUACAGAAAGAUAAAGUGUAGGGCUAACAGUUUUUGCCUCCAAGUACAAGCAGCUUUAGUUUAUUUUCAAAUGCUGUUGUUUUCAGAAACCCUAUUAAGGCCUGACAUACUGGAAAAUUAUUAGUAUUCCAGGCAAAAGAAGUCAAAAAGUGGAUUACUUGCGUUUAUCUGCUUUACAUGUAUGUGAGUUUUGACUUAGUUUGUUCUAAAAUAGUGCUAAAACAAUGAGAUGUUGGACUGUGUGGCCCUCUAAAGCAACUUCAGAGCAAUGAAGAAUGAUACAGCCCUCUGAUUUUUUUCAAGAAGUUCUUGCGUUUUUUUUAACCCUGCACGUGUACUAACACAGUACUUCCAUAGUCAUUAACCGUACGUGCACUUUUGUGGAAAUGACUCUACGCACUUUGCUUUCUCAGUAGAGUUGAACCCGGUAGUGUUUUUGAGUUUUCCUGUGGCAUGACAGUAUGACUUCUAGACUUAAAUCUUUUGUAAAAUGUUUGUUUGCAAAAUUAGUGUGCAAAAACAUAUGUCAGCAACUUGUGAAAAGUAUCGUCUAUAACUUUUAAGGUUUUUUUAUUUUAGGUACUGUCCUUCACAGUCAUCUGUGUUACCACACUUCAACCCUGGAAUGUAAGUGUGUGAACUCCAUUGACAUUAAAGGCGUUACACCAGGGCUGAAUCUAGGCCAGCCAUCUUAAAAUUUGUAAUGAUUAUAUUGUAUAUCAAACUAAAUAGAAUGUAAAAAACCUCUAGUGGCUUUUGUCUCAGAUACAAUAUUUUGUAAGAGGAGUGAAAGUGAAUGAAUGGGAAUCCAAUGUACAACCAAUGUACUUGUAGCCCUCUAUUCAAUAACUGGAUGCAACAAUUCUUCUCUAAUGGACCAAAACUAAUCAUUACUGCUAUGUUACUGAAAGUUUCUCAGGGAUGUUUUCACUAGGUUUAUAAGUGUUUAUACUUUGACCAAGCUUUUGGGUUUUGUUUUGAUACAAUAAAGUAAAAUAUGUAAAUUAGAGUAGUUUUAAAAUUUGUGACUCAAUCCUGAGUGAACCUCUUAAGGAAAAGGGAAUUUUGCCAUCAGCAGAAUUUAAAAGUCAGAAGACAAUAAAACAAGCUUAUCUAGAUUUAUAGGAUAAAUAUGCCCAAAGGAUAGCCUAUACAGUAUGUGAUAAGUACACUAGUAAAUAAAACACCUCUGAUUUGCCAAAAAUGUUCUCAUGUGUAUCUAAUCUAAAUUGGGACCAGAUUUUAAUAUUGCUGAAUAUAAAUAAAGGUAGUCUAAAUGUC